UUCAGCGGUAUCAUCUCGACACUGUCCAUACCACUUAGCGAGAAGGUUACUGCACGGGAUGUCCAGGCCCUGUAUGAAGAGAAACAUGGUGAAGAGAAGUUGGUACACAUCAAAGCGGGUGUUCCAGGAUUGUUGGACAUCGAGAAUAAGCACGGCUGGACUGUAGGAGGUUUCCAAGUUACAGCGAAGGCGAUCGAGCUGUUGUUGUGGUAUGGUGGCUUGGACAAUCUUCUCAAGGGCGCUGCAACCCAGUGCUUGCAGAAUUUGAACCUUGCUCUCGGCUAC